AUGCCAGACUGGCUACCUACGAGUGUGGGCUCAUUGGCCUCAUGCACGCCAUUUGACAUUGAAGAUCAUAUUAUGGGGUUGUGCUUUCUGUGUGCGGACAGACCACUACAGUUUCAACGCUUGUCCACUAUCCCUCAACACCACUGGGUCAGCAAGCUUUCUGAUUAUGAUUUUUCCAUUGAGUUCCUCCUGGGCAAGCUAAACAUUGUGGCUGAUGCCUUGUUUCGUCGGGACUCUCGGGAGGAAGACAGGGACUGCUGA